UCCACUUGAUCCAAACUUCGAACUCGUUUCGUAGGUAAUUUCGAUAUCUCUAUCCUUUGACGGAUCGUUAGAGGAGGUCCAUUUCCCACUCCCAGUCGGUGCACGCAACCCAUUCAUCAUUUAAUAACGCUUACGAACAUCUAACGGUCCAAUUUAAAUCAAGAAAUCGAUACAUCAGUACAUCACUUCUCUAUUUAUAGAGUGUGACCCAUUAGCCAUAACGUCAGGGAAAGAGUUCAUUCUAAGAAAUACUGACUUCUACUGCUCUAAAGACAGUGAGAUAUUUUCUAGCCUUGCCUAUCCAUUCAAAUUUCAAAUCAAUCUUCCUUUUAUUUUACUCAAAACAGAUUAAUACCGUUUGCAUUAUUUUCCAAUUAAAAUUUCAUUGAGAAAUUAAGGUUACAAAGAAGAAAUGGGUGCUUUGGAUCAUCUCUCAAACAUCUUCGACUGCUCCAGCGGCCAUUCCAAGCUCAAGAAACGCAAACAACUGCAGACAGUGGAGAUAAAAGUGAAAAUAGACUGUGAAGGAUGUGAGAGGAAGGUGCGACGGUCUGUUGAGGGAAUGAAAGGUGUAACUUCGGUCCAGGUGGAGCCAAAGCAAAGCAAGCUUACCGUCAUUGGUUAUGUAGAUCCCGAGAAGGUUGUGGCUCGUGUGGCUCAUCGGACGGGCAAGAAGGUCGAGUUAUGGCCCUAUGUCCCGUAUGAUGUCGUUGAACAUCCUUAUGCACCUGGUGUCUAUGAUAAGAAAGCCCCUGCAGGGUACGUGCGGAAUGCUCAAGACCCUCGAGUUUCACAACUUGCUCGUGCGAGCUCGACUGAAAUUCGUUACACCACUGCUUUUAGUGAUGAAAACCCAACUGCAUGUGUUGUCAUGUGAUCUUAGUAUAUCAUCAUGUAUGAUACAAAACAGUGAUCUUUGUUAAGCAUAUCUAGUUUUUUAUUUACGUUGUCUUUAUGGGUUGUUGGCCAAUUAAAAGUCAAUAGACAAGUUUCUGUUUGAUUUGAGUUAUAUAUAUGAAAUUUUGUCAUGUAAAAUA